AUGGCCUUAGAUCAUCACUUUGAGGAUUCUGGACAGCCAGCUGGUGCCUCUGGAGAUAAAUCUUAUUUGGAAAAGUGGAAUUCUGCCACUGAAGCCAUUGCAGAUGGUGAUAGGGAUGCUUCUGGCGACUUUGAAUGCAAUAUCUGCCUGGAUUCCUUGCAUGAUCCAGUGUUAACUCUUUGCGGUCAUCUCUACUGCUGGCCUUGCAUUUACGAAUGGCUCCAUAUUCAUAGCGUUUCUUCUCAGAACAUAGAGCAGAAGAGGACAUCCUGCCCAGUUUGCAAAUCAGAAAUCUCUCAAUCCUCCCUCAUUCCAGUAUAUGGCCGUAUCCAAACGGCAACACCUUCCAAAUGCAAGUCUCACCAUGUAGGGACUGGCAUACCUCCAAGACCUCACCGUCCUGUCUCAGUUCAUGAUUUUCCAAGAUCAUGUAAUGCUGCAACUGCUUUUCGUCACUCACCAAUAUCACAUAACAGUGUAGCUGCAGCUCAUGACUCACGAAGAUCAUAUAAUACCACAACUGCUUCCCAACCAGCUUCUCAUUUUCAUCAGCCCCUUUAUCCUUAUCACAGUCAACAGUUCAAUACACAUGGAGUUUUUGGUCAGAUGAUAUAUGCUAGAGUCUUUGGUAAUCAGUUGACAAACACGUACCCUUCUAAUUCAUAUGGUCUCGUGGGGAUCAGCAAUCCGAGGGUGAGAAGGCAUUUGAUGCAAGUGGACAAGUCACUCAGCAGAGUCUGUAUUUUCUUCUUCUGCUGCGCGGUUUUUUGUUUCCUCUUGUUCUGA